AUGCAAGAAUUAUGUAAGCUCCAAAUCAAAGCAUCAAAGAUUAUCUCAAGAGAUCAAUCUAAACGAUCGAAAAGUCUGAUGGAAGAAUCUCAAUUAUAUGUUUCGUAUUUAAAUAAGGAUUUCAAUAUUUAUGAUAUCGUUACUGAUUUGAUUCAGAGACAAGAAAACAGCUAUGAAACUAUCCAUAACUCAGAUUUCAUCACAAAGAAGCAGAAAUAA